AUGACAAUCAUUCCAUUAGAAGAUGAGGAUGAUGACGACUGGGUCUUAGAGGAUGACGAUGAUCUUGAAUUUCAGGCCAUUUUACAAGGUAACUCUUCAAAAGGUCCACCACAAAGAACAUUAGAAGGAUCAGUGGCUGCAGUAUCAACGCGUCCACAGAAAGACAAGUACGAAACUAUACCUGUUCCUGUAAAAAUAAAUUCUCCUACUCACCAUGCUAUGGAUUUUGAGAACUUGAAGACCUACAUCUAUCCUACAAAUUUUGAAAUCCGUGAUUACCAGUACAAUAUAGUUGAACGCGCCUUUUAUGACAACUUGUUAGUUGCAUUGCCUACAGGUCUAGGUAAAACAUUCAUAGCUUCAACAGUGAUGUUGAACUUUCUACGAUGGUUCCCAAUCUCGAAAAUUAUAUUUAUGGCACCAACUAGACCAUUGGUUGCUCAACAAAUUAAAGCGUGUUGUUCAAUUGCAGGUAUCCCCAGUUCUAAAGUAGCAAUAUUGUUAGACAAAACACGUCGAAAUCGAGCAGAGAUUUGGAAUUCUCGUCAGGUAUUUUUCACGACUCCCCAAGUUGUUGAAAACGAUCUAGCUUCUGGGGUUGUCAAUCCUAAGUCAAUAGCAUUAUUGGUAAUAGAUGAAGCACAUAGGGCAAAGGGAAACUAUUCAUAUAAUAAUGUUGUCAAGUUUAUUAAUAGAUUUAGUGACUCAUACCGAAUACUAGCAUUGACUGCAACUCCUGCUUCAGAUGUGGAGGGAGUUCAACAAAUAAUUGACAAUUUGAAUAUCUCCAAAGUUGAAGUUAGAACAGAACAAAGCAUUGAUAUAGUAAGACAUAUGAAGAAGAAAGUUGUUGAAAGAAAGACGUGUUACCCGUCAACUGAAAUAAAGGAAUGUAUUGAUUUAUUAGCAGAGGGGAUAACUCCAGUGCUACAAACUGCAAAUGAAAGAGGACUAUUGGACCUUACCGAUGCUACUAGGAUCAAUUUUUUGCAAUGUAUGGAAAUUUCCAGAAAGAUUAUUGCUAAUCCAACAAUUCCUGAAGGUUUGAAAUGGAGCAACUAUUUUAUUUUGCAGCUAUUAGGUAUGGUUGGUCAGUGUUACAGAAGGUUAAAUAUUUAUGGUAUCAGGUCAUUUCAAAGUUAUUUCAAUGAAAAAUUCUUGGAGUUUAAAACAAAGUGGAACGCAAAGAAGUCAACUAAUAAGCUUAAUGCAGAUUUUUAUUUUAGUGAUCCGAUAACCACAUUAAUGGAGCGAACCGAGGAAUUACUGAAAUCAUUAACAUAUGGGCACCCAAAAAUAGAGGCGUUAAUGGAAGAGCUAGACGAUUUUUUUAAAAACCAUGAAACUGCAGGUUCGAAAGUUAUUAUUUUCACUGAAUUCCGUGAAUCCGCUUUGGAAAUUGUCCAAUGUAUUGAAAAGGCGGGCGAUAAUAGAAAACCACAUAUUUUCAUCGGUCAAUCUAAAGAAAGGGAGAAAUUCGAUGUUGAGAAUUUUGGUAAGAAGAAGCAGAAAGGUCAAACAAAAAAGAAAAAGGAUGAACGGCCAUCCACAAGAUCGAGUUCAGAAAAUGCCCAAUUGACUGGGAUGUCGCAAAAAUUGCAAAAGGAAAUUAUCAAAAAAUUUAAACAAGGUGUCUUUAAUAUCCUUGUUGCAACUUCUAUUGGUGAAGAAGGGUUGGAUAUUGGAGAGGUAGACUUGAUUAUAUGCUAUGAUUCCACCUCGUCUCCUAUCAAGAAUAUUCAAAGAAUGGGUAGAACUGGGCGUAAACGUGAUGGGAAAGUCCUAAUGUUAUUCUCAAGCAACGAGGAAUCUAAAUUUGACAAAGCAAUGGGUGGGUAUGAAUAUAUUCAACAGCAUAUCAUGAAAGGUGAUCUCAUACAACUUCGUCCUCAACAUCGAAUGAUUCCUGAUGAAUAUAAACCGGAAGUUGUAAAACAGUUUAUUCAAAUCCCAGACGAGAACAUUGAAUUGAAAGCAGAAGAUGAUGAAGAUGAAAUUAUAAGAAUAGCUACCCUGUAUAUGUUAGGCAGUAAAGGUAAGAAGGGGAAAAAGGCUAAGAAUAAUAGUACCAAGAAACCAGUCAAGACUUUUUUUAUGCCUGAUAAUGUUGAAACAGGGUUUAAAAGUGCUGCCAGUAUGGUUCGUAAAGUAGGUGAUAAUAAAUCCUUGGCAGAAAGAAACAAAGAAAAAACGUUUCUUGAUAAACUUGUUGAUUCCGACAGUGACAGUGAUAACGAGGUAGAUAAGGAGAAUGGCAAUGUUGUACAAGAAAUCGAAGGAUCCAGAAAUGAAGGGCCAAUUUUCACUGAGGUGGAAAAUAUUAACCAACUGGUUGGAAGUAAUACCAAAAGUAUCAAUAAUGAUGUUGAAGCUGAAACAAGUGAUAGGUCAAAUCUCGAUCAUACCUCCGACAACUCAAAUUUUGUUGCAAAGAUGCCAGAACCAGAAGUCAUUGAAAAUUCAGAGAGUGAAGAGGAACUGGUUUCGAAGAUAGCAAAUAAUACGCCAGCCACUUCAGUAGAUCUUAGCAACGGUCGAGAGGAGACGAGCUACAAAGUGGAUCUGGUUCUUAUUGACUUGAUUGAAGAUGAUUUUACAUUCAGUAGUGAAACUGAAGAGGAUAAAGUUGAAGUUAUUGAUGUCGUUUCUCCAGAGGUUUGUGAAUUGUCUGAGAAAUCAACAAAACAAUUGAUAAGAAAAAGUUUGGGUUUGAAAAGGAAAGUCAAUAAAACACCAGUUCCUGAAACCAGUUCAAUUAGUGACACAUCUUCUGCUUCCAAGAAAUCUCCUAAUGAAGAAACAAGAAAAGUGGUUCAGGAUUCAUUUACAACAAACAAGAGGUCACUAGGUGUAAAAAGACCCCGCCCAACAAGUAUUAUUGAUCAAUUAAAAAGGCAAAAAAUCAAGUCACAAGUUAUAGUCUCAAGAGAAACUCAGAGUAUCAUAGAGCAUGAAAUUCGGACACAAAAUUCACUUCCUAGUCCAAGAAAUACGCUGGAUGAAAUUAGUGAAAUCGACACCAUAAUAGAUUUAGAUGACGAUGACAAGGUUAUUACUCAUGAUAAGCUCCAAACCACCACAUCAAAAGUGGAUUCAAUAUAUGAGUUUUCCAAUAAAGACGAUGACGGGUUCCUUACAAACCUGCAAACUCGUGAGCUUUAUAAAAACUACUAUAUGGCUAUUGACUCAAAUGACCAUAUCCCUUUCUAUGAUCCAGUUGAGGGUUUCUCGAAAAAUAAGGACACUGACAAAUUCACGAUAGGUAGAACAGGCCCGAUUCCACAUAGUCAGGCGGCACAAAGACUUUUCCAAGCAUGUAAUGCUGAAUUCGACAGACAGCUUACAGUAGAAAGAAAAGAUGAUUCGGAACAGGGUUUUGCAUUCAUAGUAAAAAAGUAA